GCCGACCAUAUUAGCUCUACUGGUUCCCUUAAACUUGGCCUUAUUGGGCAAUCUACCAGUUUCAAGUAGAUCCGGAAAUUGUAGGUACGAAUUAGCGAUUGUACUUCUUACCGAAUAAGUAACAACUAUUUCGAAGGUACCUUCUCUACUACGUAUGUAAUUUACUAUAACUAAUAAUUUAAAUUGAUUUUCCGGUGACGUGAACAUUAAUAGUAUCAAAUCAUAAAUCAUAAAUUAUUUAUCAGAUUACAGUUGUUGCAUAUACAUAAAGUUUCUCCUAAUUCAACCGUCCACAAACAGCAUGCAAAUAUUAGAUGUUUUUCUUAAACUAAGUAUUUAUUACAAUAUAAAAGGUUGAAUUGAAAACUUUAAAGAGUCACCUAUCUAAGUUUAAACAUGUGACGCGGUACUGUAUCAACAGGUAUACUGAAAGUAGAUCGAUUUUUAUUAGACAGGUACUUUUGAAAAGAAAUAAAAUGAUACUUUCAAUGAGCUAGCUAUUAUCCAUGCUUUGCAUUUUAUGCUUUCCAUUUCGCCUUGCUAAUUACAAUUAACAAAUUCUAACACCACAAGCGAAUGUGAGACAAAUGAACCGUUUCGGUAUUAUUUACAUUCUUACCCAUUUUGCUGAAAUACACGAGAAUACUUUACGAUACACAUUUUAGUCGUAUCACACACACAGUCGCGCCAGCUUUCACCAACACGUGUGCAAAAAGUAGAGACGAGGGCGCGCAUGCGCGGUAUCGAGCCAUCAGGCCAUGCUGCAGAGACAGGCCAGUCGGGCAGUCGAGCUGUGAUGUCCGCGGUCGGAUGGGCUCAGCCGGAUGGGCGCGCGGCGAGGCGCGCGUAGCGGACGACUCCGACUUUGAAACCCUCAAAGGCUUACUUUCUUCCGAAAAAGGCUGGACCUUGGAGUACGAAAAGGACGGCGUCAAGGUCUGGGCCGAGGACGCCGCUCACGGCGCGCUAAGAACCGUCAAGGUAGUAGCCGAGUUCGACGAUGUGGAACCGGACGCCCUGUACGACGUGCUACACGACCCGGAGUACCGCUCCGUGUGGGACACGCACAUGCUGGCCGCCGAGGACGCGGGCCACAUCAACGUCAACAACGACGUCGGCUACUACGCCAUGUCAUGUCCGGCGCCGCUCAAGAACCGCGACUUCGUGCUGCAGCGUUCCUGGCUGGACACGGGCGAGGAGAAGCUGAUUCUCAAUCAUUCGGUCUUCCACAAGGACUACCCACCCAGAAAAGGAUAUGUCAGGGCCCUGUCUCUCCUCACCGGUUUCGUGGUGCGAACUCGGCCCGGCACUGGCGGCAGCUGGUUGGGCUACGUGUCGCGCUCCGACCCACGCGGAGCGCUGCCCGCCUGGCUUGUCAACAGGGUGACGGCUCAGCUGGCACCUCGGUUGGUGCAGCAGCUGCACGCGGCGGCGCGGCGCUAUCCCGGCUGGAAGGCGCUCACUGACUACCCGCACCACAAGCCCUGGCGCCAUCCGGAGCAGGUCCCUGCCUACAGGAUUAAGCUGGAAGACUGUGUCGAUCCUGAUGCACCAGUGCCACCUGCUCAGGAGCCUAAACCAGAGACUUCAAAAGCCAAACUAGAGGUGCCACAGAAACAGAUAGAAAGCCAGAGUAUCGAAGACUUGGGAGACAUAUCAUCAGAAUUCAGCGUCGAGGUGGAAGAAGAGCCGGCGGACUUGAACCAAGACCCAACUAAAAAGAAGGGGAAGUUUUACAAACUUGUGAAGUCUAUGAAGAAUAGAAGAAAGAGUGUCCAAGUCGCUAAAAGUGCAGAUAAUAUUCUGGAAGGUAAACCCGAAGAAAAGGAAAAGAAAAAAGGGUUCAAGUUCCAUCGUAGGUUUAGUAUUAGCAGGGGACGGGAGGAUUGAGCUUAUUCGAGUUGUGAAUUCUGGUCACAGAACGGCAGUUAUAGGUACGACUAGAUUUUAAACAGAACAACGUUUUAAAUAUCAGUCAAAAAGCUAGAUGUAGCUAAUAAUAAAAAUAUGGUUUAAUACGAUUGUACGUAUGCAUAAUUUGGUAGGUAAGUACCGUGUCGCUAACGUUACUGGAAAUGAUUAUGGUACUUAAACAAUUACCUAUCGCUAAACUGAUAUAAAUAACAAUUUAAAAGUUUUACUCACGAAUUCCAUUACCUUCAAUUCUUUUUGUACACAUAUUGUAAGCAGGACAAUUCAUUAAAUCUAUUUGAAUAGGUAUCUACUUACCUACUUCUAACAGUUCUUACAUACAAUGUCACAAAAGACACAAUCUCAGAUUGAUCUUCAAAUCUCGAAUCAUUUUUCACUUUAGGUAUUUCAUAUCUAAUAUCAAUACUGGUGCCAUCUAAUUUAUUUCACAAAUCAAUCGAUUAAUCGUUAAAUGAAAGUAAGCAACAUAAAUAAUUGACAAACUCAUAUCCGCAAUCCGCAACGUAAGUUUCGUCAGGCUUUCCUAUUACUAUUACACUUGGAGUGUUUCCACGCUGAAUAUAGCCAAUGAAAUCCCCUGCACCAGAUACGACCCAGAGCAUGGAUCGCAGCCCCUAUCCCUAAGUCGGCAACUACGUUUCUUAAAAAAGGCUUCAGCCUCCGUAAUUUAUUGACUAAAGUUGUUCUCCUUCCAAACUACAUUACCAUAUUAAGAUUUUUUAAAAAUUCAAUACAAUAAAAAAACAUUUAUUUAGGACCACAAGAAUCCUUAAAAGGUAAGUUCGCAUGUACACAUUAAAAUAUGGCCCUACAGGUACUUAAAUUAACUAUGUUGAUUACAUACAUUUGCUUAACACUAAAAUAAUUUAGGGCCGAUUUUAUAAAGUUAAAGUGUUGAUGCCUUUUACAUGUUUAUAAAAUCACUGAGACGAAAUGGGUAUAGCGCCAAUAUAGAGCACAUUUCAAGAUUUAAGAGUCCCACGAACCUAGUCGCCAUCCACCAUACAAUCGAAGUUAUGCUCUCAUUUUAAAAAGACUUUCUGAAAAAACAAGAAAUUUGAUAUGAACAUUCAAGUAAGUAACAUAUAUCUAUGAUCAGUACCAUUCACGAUACUAGAAAUUAGCUAAUACCUACAAAGAAACGCUCUAUUUCUCUAUGUCCAUGCCAAGUUUCAUGAAAUUUGAGCUAAUCCUUAAAAUGAGAGCGUAACUUAGAUUGUAUAGAGAGUGGCUUUUGGGUAGCAGGUUGGUGUAACUCUUAAAGCCAGGCCAGGUUAGUGUUUAGUCAAUGCCGGAUUUAGAGGUCUGGAGGCCUCGGGCAAUAAAGGACUGGAGGCCCCCUGGCCCCAAAUUUUUUCCAAAUAAAAUGGUAAAUUUACCGAAUUCUCUAUUGUGGGGGGCCCCUCUUUUGUGGAGGCCCGGGGCAGUAGCCCCGGUUGCCCUCCCCUAAAUCCGGCCCUGUGUUUAGUAAUUACCUAUACUCAGCUAAAUGGGAACUUUGAUGUACAUUUUAAAAUAUCUGUAACUACUAAAAUAAGGUUGUUACUAACGUGACAAAUAGAUAUUGGUUUUCUAUUUUGUUGCAAAUUUAUUUUAUGAUUAACAAUACUAUUGUAGAUUUUAUAAAUUGUUCAUAAGUAACAGAAUACAUAUUCUAUGAAAUGUAAAUUGUAAAAUGUUAACAAUGUUACUUAUUGAGUAUCAUAAAUUAUUUUUUAGUAACCAAAUAAAAAAUCAUAUUCUUCACUUCUUUUGAUUGUACUGUAUUUAUUGUUCUUGGUUUGUUUGUCACGUGUGUACGCUGUAAAUAUUAUUUCGGAAAUGUACCUACGUUUUAGAUAUGUAACACAAUGCAAUAUUUAAGAUUCAGAGCUUAUUCAGCAAUUUUGAUAAGAUGCCAGUUUUUAUGUUUGUCGAUGUUAAAGCGACUUUGUUGAUUACACGUUGAGAUAGCUAGUGAUGUUCUAAAUAAAUAGAUAAUUUUACUACUUUCUAAGUACCUUGUCGAUUAGGUUAGUUUAAUAAUAUUCCGGAAUCUAUAUUAAUGGGAUAAAUAGAUAUACCUGUUUUUCACAUUCCAUGUUUUACAAUUGUCUUCGCUAUAAAACAAUAACUAACAAAAACAAUAACUUUUUUAAAACCAAAUAGUGAGGGCUUGAGCCAUAUCGCGAUGAUUAAAUAUCAUUUUUGUAGGACGUUAAAUAUUAGUCAAAUGAAAAUAUCAAUAGCUUAAAGAGAAUAUUUACAGAAAAUAGGACAUUAUAAAUGUAAAUUAUUAAAUAUCUAAUCAUUUACAAACAGGAUCGAUGUUUUACAUUUUUUCCAUUAAUUCUACGUAGAUAAAAAAACUUAGACGGUCUUCCUUGUAGAUUGUUAGAUAUGAUAUAGAUCUCGAAGUACAUUAAACUGAUUAAGAAAGUCAUUAAGACAUACAUACAGUGUAUAAAAGCGACCCAUUUAUAAAAAAAGUCUACUGAUAUUGGAUUGGUUGAUUUAGGAUUUUUGUAUUCUUCCCAGGAUUGAAAAGUAUUCUAAAAAGCCACCCUGUACUAUCAUUGUGAAUAAUUAACAUGAUAAUAAUUACAAGGAGUAAUGAGAAGGAAAUGUGACCUCCGGAGUCGUUCUAACUUAAGUAGUAGAAGUCCCAAACUUACAUUAUUACUAAUUUAUCAUGCUAAUUUCUAAAUUUUAUACGACGACUAAUUUCUAUUGAUGUAAUUUAUAUUGUAUAAUUUGUAUUGGAAUUAAAAAAAAACAACUUAUCUAAAAUAUUAUUUUAUACAUGGGUCCCUUUAUGUCUUUUCUGGCAUAUAACCAACAUUUAUUUGGUGAAAUUACCAAAUUUUAUAAACAAAAAAUGUGUACAAUAUAUAUCGUGCAAAAAGUUUAUUUGCUGGAUAAACUGGUAAGUACAAAAAAUUAAUCGUGCUCAUGUAAAAAGGUUUAAGUAGGUUUGUGUGUUAACAAUAGAUUUUUUCCUAUAUCGUCGAGAGAAUUCUAUGAAACUUACCUACAUAAAACAGACGGUCCACUGGAGAGCAAAGCGGUCAAAACACAUAGGGGUAGAGGUAAGCAUUGUUUUUUUUUUACUUAUUAAGUAAACUGAGUUAUUUCUAUAUUGUUUCUUGUUAUUAUUUUACUGAAUACAAUAUUGUAAAUGACGAAGAGUUCAUGUAAUCUUCAGUCAUAACUAACAGAGCGCGAGCGGCUCUGCUUUCCAGUGGCCUACGCUGCAAUGAUAGCAAUAACCGUUUUUAUCUGUGAUAGUAUUGUGGUUUGUCGUUAUAAACCCAAGUUCACGGUCGAUCAUUAUUCCAGCUAUGCCAUUGAGACGUGACAGACUAUUUGAAUCGUUCGCAAGAUCAUUAUUUUCUUUGGCCGGAGAAAAUUUAGCGUUAAUAAUAACUUAGGUUAUUCGCACUUUUUUACAGAAUCUUACUUAUACUUAUAACUAUUUUUUUAAACACUAAACAAUUUUAUUGCACAUCAGUGAAGCUAUUUCGUACGAAAACUGGGAAUUUAAUUUGUUAUAAAUAUAUUCAUGAGAUAUUGAGAGAUUAUUAUCGUCGAUAUUCAUUAGAAGUAGUGAACUUCGAAAGUGUUCUUAAUGUUUCUUAUUCAAUAGAAAUAUUGAUCAUACCUAGGUGCCCAAUAGCUACCUAAAUAAAACCGCAUUUUGCCAUACAAGUACGAAAACUUGUUGUUUGCUACUAGUUAGGUAGGUACUUAUGUAUAAUUCAAAUGCUGUACAAGUAAAAGAAGCCCAAAAUGAGCUACAAGCGUAGUUUAAGGGUACCUAUCAAAGUAAAUACCUAAAGGAGGCAAAUAAUUUUUCACCACACCAACUGGUAAAGGCCCUCUUGAUUGUUUAAAAACUAAUGAGAAAGUUGCAUUUUAUCCACAUGUGGGGCAAAGUAAUCAGAUGUAAAUUUUGAGUCGUUUCCUUAUGUUAGCUGGUAAAAUUGACUUUAAAUGAUGAUUAUGGAUGAUACAUUUUCAAUUAAGUUCAUUUGGAUUUUAUUUGGUUUUUUUUUUGGAUUUUAUUUGGUAUUUUCCUCGCGUUGGUGUGGUGAAAAACGUUGUGUUUCACUCGGAGGCAAAGUUUGUUUAACCCUCGUGCCUUGAAACCCUCUCGCAACGCUCAAAAUUCCACUUCUCGAACCACUCGCUACGCUCGUGGUUCAAUUUUGGAAUCUUUCGCUUGCUCGGGUAUCAAUAUUAGCAAGAGCGGUUAAACAACAACUUUGUUCCCUUGUAAAACAAAUAACUACUGUUGCUAAGUUAAUUAUAACAUUGUUUUUCACUUAUAUAUUGCGAGGAAUAAUAUAGAUGCAAAAGAAAACAAUUGAAGAACUAUUCCUGAUUAAUGGUGUUCAAUAUUUGUCAUUAAAACUUAACACGCAAAAUUUCAUUCCACAAGAUAACGUGAAUAAAUUAAAUUUUUUGGAACGUUUUUUCAAUAUCUAGGGCGAACAUUUUUUCAAUAUCUAGGGCAAACGGCAUACCUAAUGUUUAAUUUUUACUGUAGCCACUCACAUGAUUCCGAUUUUAACGAAAGGUGCCCUGAAUUGCUCUGCCAUUUCGCAGAUACGACGGCACAGUGUCGUGAUAUCUUCAAAAAUCGAUAACUUUGCUUCUGCUUAAGCAUUUGGAAUAACUCUUUCGGUUUUAUAAUGGUAAAGAAACAAAGAAAUUUAUUUUCUUACUUUAGCUAUUUGCUGUUAUAAUAAAAAUAAUUAUUAAAAAUUCACGAAGUUUACCCAAAGGAAUAAUUUCCGAGUUAUAGUAGAAAACUAUUUUUAAUAAAAAAUCUAAAUCGAUAACAUAUCUUUUUUUUGUAUUCAAUUUAAAGAAGGCUUAAUAAGCUUUUAAUUGAUACUAAACACCUUGAGAGCUCACCUAUAAAAUUGCAGAGUAAAACUGAUUCAAAUUCUGAUAAGGAACUUUCGAAUUGCUCCACCUGGCGUGUAACUAUGUGCUAUGUUCGUGAUUUUUUUGUGGCUAAUUUAGACACUGAAGUACAAAAAUAUAGUAAAAAACCGUUUAAGACACUAAUUACCUUGAAAUAAAAUACAUAAUUUAUGUAAUUAUCACAAUGAUAGUGGCUUUAUAACUUAAAAUAACAAAAGAGUAUUUACAUACCUACUAAACUUUGGUGUUUUUAAAACGGCCGAUCACCAACAACCGAACUAACUUAUAACUACACUAACACGUAUAAUAUAUACACCAUAACAUACACUUUACAACAAAUUAAGCACAUUAGCAAAUAGUAACUAUUAACACAUGAAAUUAUACUGAUUACAAACGUAAAUAAACAAACAAACUGACCUGCGCCAUGUCAAAAACAAAGAUGGCUACCUAUUUAGGUCGGAGACACAACAGUCGCGCGGUGCAGAUGUUCAACAGAAAUAGGAACUUUUAACACAUUCACUGCCAGACGAGAAACGGCAAGCUACCCCAGGAUCCGGGCAAUAUAGCAAAGAAAUAUUAGUAAAUAGAAAUUAUAAGUAAGUAGUAACAAACACCCCAAAACGCGUAUGCAACGUCUAGUGUACCACAUGCCUUACGAUGUACAGAAAUGAUUUAAGCAACCACAGUUGCUGUGUUUUUACUUACAAUUUUCCGUCACAUGGUUUGUUCGCUAAUCCUGGAUAAUACACAGUGAUUUAAUGCAUUUUAUUGUUUAUUAAUGUAAUUUAAUAAUCGAACUAUUUAAUGACUAUAGGUUGCUCAAGAUAUAUUUGGUAAUCAUAGAAAUCUAGGGCAUUAAAAUAGGAAACUCGCCAAAAAUCUACAGAGUUAUUGGUUUGAAGUGAGAUUUUAUGGUCAUCAAUAUUAAGUUGGUCUAAAAUAUAGUUUUAAUCUAAUAGACCAAUAAACGCGGAGUAAUUUAAUAUAUAAUACUAACAGAAAUAUGUAAAUUUGAAUACUUACGGCAUUUUAAAACACGCAGCAACUUUUAACACACGCACUUUUCCGAACAACUUGCAAAGUGACAUAGAUAAAAAAUACUGUGGUUAUGUCUAUGUGGUUGAAACAUUUUUUAAAUAUUGUCACGUUGGUAUUCUGUGUUUUAAUAAUUGUUUACACCAUAUCUGUGCAGCCCUUCACAGAUAAGAAAUAAAAAACCGCAUACACUCCGUUCGCAACUCGAGUUGCGACGAUCAUUUUAGAGGUGCGAAAUGUUGAAACCUUAGUUGCUGGAAUCAUGUGAGUGGGUAGUAGGUACCUACCUAAAUAAUGUCUUUAGUGGCAUGCGCACACAAGACGAAUAUAUUAAUUUUUGUCUGUCUUUGUGUCACGCAGUCGGGUAAAAACACGCAAAACCCUUCUGAAUAAAUACCAGUACUCCGUUUCUGACAGCAUGUAGUUUGUUAAAAUUACAUGCUGUCAGAAACGGAGUCUCAAAUUCAAUGGUACAGAAUUAAAGUCCCAUUUUCCGUUUUGUUAUAGGUCUAUAUUUUAUAAAUGUGUGCCUUUCUAUAUUUACUGUCUAACGCUUAAGUAUCUAAUAGCUUGUUCCACAUUUUAUUCACUUUAAUCAUAUACCUAUCUUUACAUUGAUAUAGUAAAUAUUAAAAUAUAAUAUAAUUCGCUUGUAUUUAAUUAAACCGAUAAAAGUUUUUGCAACGGAAAAUGUUAAAGAAAUUACUUUUCUUUCUUCUUGAGUUAACAUUUCGUUACACUAUUAACUCAUUGCGAAAAUCGAUCAAAAUGAACCUAAUCGAUUUUUUUCACGUAAUUAACAUUGAAAAUUAAAGUUUAUCUUCUGAGACUAUAUCUUUUUGGUUCUAUUUCACUAAUAACUCGUUUGAGCAAACUAACUAGUUUGAGGAGUAAAAGCGCAAUCUGAGAGAUAAAAGUAGAAUAGUUAAUCCUGAAAAAACAAACUCUAUUCUUUACAAUGGCGGAUUUGCCCUGGCUCGAAUAGGCCCGGGCCUAGGGUGGCUAGAUAUUAGGCGCAGCAGUCUAUACAUAUAGAAAGGUGCUGAGAAAAAGGUGGCUAAGACUAUAAGGGGCCUGGAGUCUAGGGCGGCCAAAGCAGGAAAUCCGCCACUGAUUCUUUGUUAGUCUAAUUGACAACUAGCACACGUUUUGAUGUAGGUAUCUAAUUAUGCUAUUUCCUAUUUUUUUACAUAUUUACUUCGCAUACUUACAAAAAAGUACUAAAUGCACGACGUACCUAAGUUAUAUUGUUGUAAAGGCUCAAUUUUCGGUAGUAUUCUGGAGGGAUUUAUGUAAAAUAUCACGCGUUGUGUAUACCGUUAAGAAAUACUGGAGGCAUAUUUAGAUUUCUUUAAAUACGGUAAUGAUUUGAUAUUAAAUUUGGUGCAAGCGAGAUGAAUAUAUUUUUAAAAACUGAAUACGCGUCCAGCACUCGGUACAUAAAUUAAUUGUCUCAAUUUUAGUAUAAUCACCUCAAAGAAUAUUUAAAAAUCAUACAUUUAUUUUCUAGGAACUUAAUAGUAUUAAUAAGUAUUUUCAAAAUCGAUGAUAUAUCUUUUCCCUGAGUGGACCGUUUUUAAACAUAAGUAAGUACCUGUAUUUAGUUGACAUAACUUCUUUGAGUGAUAUUUUCUAUUGUUCUUUGAAGCCCGAUCUUAUAAAUGUUAUAAUAAUGAAAUAUGUAUACUGUGCCAACUGCCAACCGGUUAAUUCACAAGAUGAAACUGACUACGGUUUGCAUGUAGCUGAUUUUAUUUCAGACCCACUUCAAAAUAAGGAGGGGGAUUCCAAUUGGUAGGAUUUUUUCUUAGAAUACAAGGGUGCCAAGUAGGUACGGUCACGUCUGAAAAUAUCGAUACGGACAAAGGGCCAAAAAUAUGUAUACACUGGGCCAUAAAGUCGUGUAUACAUAUUUUUGGUACUUCGGUCGUGUCGAUGUUUUCAGACGUGACUGUACCAAGAAAUAAUUCCAACUUUCAAAAUUAUCGCGGUGGGGCGAAGAAAACAUUGGUGGAAACGGUGCAGUCGGUGCAUGCUGUUACUUUUUUUUAAACCGGCUAUGUGUGUGUCUUUGUGAGAUAUAUGGCCCAAUUUGAAUAUUACACAGCGAUACGAUACUGAUCUGUCAGUAUCAUUUCUUCAACCAAAAAUGUCACUUUUGACACUGACAGUUCGGUAUCAUAUAGCUGUGAUAUUUUAAGAUAUCUUUGUUCGAAUUGGGCCGAUAGUAGGUACUCCUAAUAUUGUACAAUUUCUUCCAUGCCUUAUUAAUAAAGAUGUAAAUCAUGUUACUUAUGUGCAACAAUUAUCAACAUAAUCAUAAUGCUUAUAUCUAUAUGCUCUGUUUGUUGAAGAAAUAGGUGUGACAACACUUGACCUGGUUAAGGGUUUAUUUACAGGCUUUGUUGACACUAGUUGUAAUGCUAAAUUUGUAUUGUAAAUAUAUUAUAUGCUGUUAUAUUGAGA